AUGACUGAUGGAUCGGUGCAAGUGGACGAGCCGACAUGGGUGCUGGACAACCUGAAAGACUACGCGGUCCGGGCCGUCGUCAAUGCUGUCGAUCACCUGGGCACGGUCGCCUACAAGUUGACGGACCUGUUCGAGCAGCAGGCUUCGGAGAUCUCAGCCUUUGAGCUGAAGGUGGCACGGCUGAACCAGCAAAUCUUCACCUGCCAGAUCUACGUGGACAAAGAAGGUGCCAGACAGCAGCAAAUGAUGGGAGCAAACAUGAAGCACCACAAGCACUAUAUCCUGCCAUCUACUAGUUAUAAAAGAACCCAGGCUGUUGCACACCUGGGAACAGACACAAAUCAGGAAUCAAAGCCUAGACCUUACCCGUCAGCAAAGACACUUUCUUGGCAUCUGGCAUCAGAUAAUAGCCCUUCGGUAAAUGGUGCACAAAAACCUACAUUCAUCCUAGGUGACAAUAUACCGUCUAAACCUGCAUCAGAUGGUUUGUUUCUUUUUGGUAAUUCAUUCUACUUCUGUUUGAGCUCUUAG